CGGGUCCUCCUCUCUGGUCGUGCUCGUGCAGUCCUCUUGCUCUCUUCUUCCUCCUGCGCCCUUGGUGGUAGACUGGUAGGUAGCUAUUACUCAUUUGCAGAGUUCGAUCCAUGGAACAGAGCAAUAUGGCAGGAGUGAAGCUUGGCACCCUGGGUUUGGAGGUGUCCAAGAUCGGGUUCGGAUGUAUGGGCCUCACCGGCGUCUACAAUGCUCCGGUACCGGAGGAUGCUGGCAUCGCCGUCAUCAGGCACGCCUUCGAAGCCGGCGUCACCUUCUUCGACACCGCCGAUGUCUAUGGGCCUCAUACCAACGAGGUCCUGCUUGGAAAGGCACUAAGGGGGUUGCCUCGUGAGAAGGUUCAAGUGGCCACCAAGUGCGGCAUUGCAGGAUUUGACGCUAGUGGCAUGUGUGUCAAGGGCAGUCCAGAAUAUGUGCGUGACUGCUGUGAAGCAAGCCUUAAGCGCCUUGCCGUCAACUACAUUGAUCUAUACUUCCUGCAUCGCAUUGACCAGUUAGUGCCCAUAGAGGAAACUAUGGGUGAACUGAAGAAGUUGGUUGAAGAAGGGAAAGUUAAAUAUGUUGGCUUGUCUGAGGCUAGUGCAGAUACCAUUAGGCGGGCACAUGCAGUUCAUCCAGUCACUGCGGUGCAGUUUGAGUGGUCGUUGUGGACGAGAGAUAUAGAGGAAGAUAUUAUCCCACUGUGCAGGGAGCUUGGCAUUGGAAUUGUUCCAUACAGCCCACUUGGCCGUGGUUUCUUUGCUGGCAGGGCAGCUGUAGAGAGCAUACCAUCAGAAAGUUUAUUGUCCAAACAUCCUAGGUAUACUGGAGAAAACUUGGAGAAGAAUAAAGUUCUGUAUACACGACUUGAGAUUCUGUCCACCAAGUAUGGUUGCUCAGCUGCUCAACUUUCUCUUGCUUGGGUUCUUCAUCAAGGGGAAGAUGUCGUCCCAAUCCCUGGAACAACAAAAGUGAAGAACCUUGAUGAUAACAUUGGAGCUGUAAAUGUAAAGCUGAGCAAGCAAGACCUGGAAGAAAUCUCAGCUGCUUUCCCUGCUGGCGAAGUGGCUGGGUCCAGGCUUAUGGGGAUCCUGGAGCCUUAUUCUUGGAGGGUUGCAAACACUCCACAUCCAAAGUAGCAGUUUUACAACUUCAGAUGCAAAUUCAAGAUCAUAUCACCAUGUUGUGAUGUAUUUGUAUUCACCCCCGCUUGUUACUUAGUUCAUUCAACGGGGGACUGGAAAGAAACAAGGUUGUCCAUACUCUGACAAAACACUGUACCUUGCCAAUGGUUUACAUGAUAAAAAUUUGUGUCAACUCAA